GUGAACAUAAAUCAAAACAAUAAAUUCGAGCUUCUUGUUCUUCUUCUUCUAUCUGCUUCCAUGGCAGAGUAUUCAAAGCUAAUUAACCAAAUAAUGAUGAUGAAGAAGAAGGAAUUAGCAUAUUCUAUUUUAUCCCAAAACACUCAGAUUUUUUCUUCAUCACUUACUUUGGGAUUUACUUAACUUUACUCUUUCUCUCGAUUCUACUGAUAUUCCUCAAACCCCAAAUUCUCUCUCUUCGAUUCCAUUCUGUUGAGACCUCCACGGGAAUUAGUCCACCGUUCACCGCUCUUCUUCAGCAUUCCCAUCCGCUCUUUCCCCUUUACCGGACUUCUCACUAAAUUAUGGAGCUUCAUCAACAAUUCAUGGACCCGUUUGAUUAACGUCGUCGUCGUCGUCUUCUUCUUUCCGUUUUCGUUAAAAAGCUCUUUUAAGGGUUUUCUUCUUUCUUGCAGAGGGAUUUGAUUUCUGAAUCUGAGAUUUGUUAAUGGAGUUUCAAGAAGGUUUGAAGAAGUUUAUGUUUCAUGAAGAUGUUAAACCCAACUGGGUUUUUGGGAAGGAUUCUCCAUCUGUUGCUGUUUCGGAGAUAAGUAGUACUCCUAGACGGAAAUGGCGGAUCUUCAAUCGGUCUUCUUCUUCACCAUUUCCGUCAAAACCAAAACCACCCCAUUUUAAGGAAAUACCUAAAGAAUUGCUCUGUCCGAUUACUGGGUCUUUAAUGGCGGAUCCUGUGAUUGUUUCCUCUGGUCAUACUUUUGAAGCUGCUUGUGUUCAGGUUUGUAAAGAUUUAGGGGUGAAACCGACUUUGUUAGAUGGUUCUAAGCCGGAUUUCUCAUCUGUGAUUCCAAAUCUGGCUCUUAAAUCCACCAUUUUCAAUUGGUGUAAAAAUUCCUCUUCUGAACCUCCUCAACCCCUUGAUUUCUCCUCCGCUGAAAAGCUUGUUCGUAAAUUUGUCGCGGCUCAUAGUAAAAGCGAUGAGGAAUUGAUUCAAGGGGUUGCUGAGACUCCUGUGGUUCGAUUCAACCAUGCCGCCACUGAAGUUGCUCGUCGAAGUUCUCAUUUUCAUUCGAGUUCCGAUGAAUCUGUAAGCGCCGUUGUUCCUACUCUGCCUCUUCCUCUUGCGAUUCGCCCGAGUUGCUGUUCUUCGUCUUCUUCCUCUGAUAACGAGAUCAUUGGUACUCUUAACUUGCCUGAAGAGGAAGAGAUCGUCGUGAAGCUUAAAAGUUCUCAGGUUAUUGAGAUUGAAGAGGCUGUGACGACGUUGAGAAAAAUCACGAGAACUCGAGAGGACAGUAGAGUUCAUCUCUGUUCUCCUAUGAUUCUCUCUGCUUUGCGAUCUCUCAUCGUCUCAAGGUACUCUGGCGUUCAAGUGAAUUCCGUUGCGGCGCUUGUAAAUCUAUCUUUAGAGAAUUUGAACAAGGUGAAGAUCGUGCGGUCGGGGAUUCUCCCUAAUUUGAUCGAUGUUCUGAAAGGGGGUUCGCCGGAGGUUCAAGAACAUGCUGCCGGCGCCAUUUUCAGCUUAGCUCUCGAAGAUAACAACAAGACGGCGAUAGGCGUAUUGGGUGCUCUACCACCAUUGAUAAGGCUGUUGUUAUCCAACUCGGAGCAAACUCGGCACGACUCAGCUCUUGCUCUUUACCACUUAUCCCACGUUCAGAGCAACCGUUCGAAGUUAGUGAAACUUGGGUCGGUGCCGAUACUUCUCGGGAUGGUGAAAUCCCGUCACAUGGCCGGCCGUAUUUUGCUGACUUUGUGUAAUUUAGCAGCUUGUUUUGAGGGCCGGGCGGCGUUGUUAGACUCCGGCGCGGUGGAGUGUUUGGUGGGGAUGUUGAGAGAAAACGAGUUGGACUCUGAAUCAACUAGGGAGAGUUGUGUGGCGGUUCUGUUUGGACUGAGUUUCGGCGGAUUGAGGUUCAAAGGUCUGGCAAAAACCGCCGGAGCAAUGGAUGUUUUUAUGGCAGUGGAGAAAAAUGGGAGUGAAAGAUCAAAAGAGAAGGUGAAGAGGAUGAUGGAGUAUAUGAAAGCCAGAGAUGAAGAAGCUGAGGAUGUGAAUUGGGAGGAAUUGCUCGACUCAGGUUGUUUCGGUAGCCGAAGUCGGUGUCGACUUGGUGCCGGAAUGGACAGAUCCACCGCAAACUCAUCAGAAUUCUGAACAGAACCCAUUUGAAUUUGUAAACUUGGGAUUUUUUUUUUUCUUUUUUGUUUAUCAUUUGGGUUGUGAAUAUUAGUGAAGAACAAACAACUUUUGAAUUUCAUUUGAUUACUCUGUUUUCUUCUCUUUCA